AGUCCCAAACAAAUUGAUCUUGGCACUAAAAAAUUCUCUCCUCAGAAGUCGUUGAAAUAAGCAACUGUCCCAGGGUCAUCUCCCGCAAUCCAAGAGGCUUCCACACCCACAGUCCACACAUACCCAAAUAAAGAGCGCCAACUGACGUACACUACUCAAUCUAAACUAAUUCAUUUCCUGCAUAAUUAUUUCAUUAAUCAAUCUUAAUUCUUCUUCUUCUCUCACGCUAACUCUCAAAUCCACCGCAAAAUAUGCCGAAUCACCACCAUCAAACAUGACCCUUUUCAAACGCACCGCCGAGAAACCCACCGGAAAACCCACAACCACCGGAAGAACAUCCAUCUCCGGAGACGCUUCCGGUGGAGGUACAGCGAUGAGAAUAAUUGUUCCCUUACAAGGUGUUGUUCAGGGAAGAGGAGGUCUCUUCUUUGGCUCUGUUAUUCCUUGUGCUCUCUUUUACUUUCUUCAGCUUUACCUUCGAAGAAAUCGCCCCGAUGAAGAUAAUAAUAGUGAUGAUAUUAACUCUCCGCCACCGCCACCGGUGUUGGAGAGGUGUCAUUCGAGGUUGCUUCUCUCUCCUAGAGGCCCAUCUGGCCCGGCACACCUCUCUUCCCGGGCUGUUAAAUCUGUUGACACCUCGCCGUAUUUUGUUGGUUUGAGUCGGGCUUCUGAUGACCCGUUUGAUCAGUCGGGUAAUCCUGAUGGUGUUAUUCAGCUUGGCUUGCCUGAAAAUCAUGUGUGUGAAGAUUUGGUGAGAGAAUGGAUGGUGGAGAAUGGGAGAAAAUCCAUAUUGAUGGGUACUAGAAAUGAGUACUGUGGUGGAACAGAUGAAAUGAGUAUAAGUGGGACUGCAACUUAUCAACCUUUUCAUGGAAUCAUGGAAUUGAAAAUGGCAGUAGCAGGAUUCAUGUCUGAAAUGACAGAAAGAAGGGUCCAUUUUGAUCCGUCCCAAAUAGUUAUGACUGCAGGUGCAACCCCAGCAAUUGAGAUCCUCAGCUUCUGCUUAGCAGAUCCUGGAAAUGCAUUUCUUGUUCCUUCUCCAUACUACCCUGGAUUCGACAGAGAUAUAAAGUGGCGAACUGGUGUUGAGAUAAUUCCCGUCCCUUGCCGUAGUGCUGAUAAUUUCAGCCCAAGUAUUACAGCCCUUGACCGUGCUUUCCACCAGGCAAAGAAGCGUGGCAUGAAAGUUCGUGGGAUAAUCAUUUCAAACCCCUCAAAUUCCAUGGACAACAAUCUCAAGCUUAGUAGAGAAACACUUUACAGCCUCAUAGAUUUUGCUACAGAGAAGAACAUCCACAUAAUAUCCAAUGAAAAUUUCGUGGGGUCCACUCACGGUGGAGAAGAAUUCGUCAGCAUGGCUGAAAUUGUUGAAUCAGAAGAUCUUGAGCGCAACAGAGUCCAUAUAGUCUACAAUCUAUCAGAAGAUCUUUCUCUUAGUGGUUUCAGAGCAGGAGUAAUCUAUUCCUUUAAUCAAAAUCUUUUGGCUGCUGCUACAAAAAUGGUGCGGUUUUCUCCUUUAUCAUCUGUAAUCCAACGUCUGCUAUUCUCAAUUCUUUCUGAUACAAGAUUCAUUCAGACAUUGAUACAGACUAAUAGAGAGAGGUUACAAAGAUUGUAUGAGAAAUUUGUGGGUGGAUUGAGGGAAUUGGGUAUUGUAUCCACAAAAAGCAGUGGAGGUUUCUGUUGUUGGGUUGAUAUGAGUGGAUUAAUUCGGUCUUAUAGUGAGAAAGGAGAGAUUGAGCUUUGGGAUAAGUUGUUGAAUAUAGCCAAGAUCAAUGUAAUUCCUGGAUCUUCAUGCCACUGCAUUGAGCCUGGAUGGUUUCAGUUCUGUUUUGCUACUUUGACUGAGGAGGAUAUUCCUGUAGUUAUGGGAAGAAUCCGAAGGAUUAUGGCCGGAAACAUGUAAAUCUCAUUAGUUGGGUUGCUAUUCAUUCAUUGUAUUUAAAAGUGUAUAGUCUAGUUCAAAAGGAAACUAUAUUGGUAGGAUAAGGAUAAGCUAUUCAUUCAUUGUGUUUCUUGUAUUGAUAUCUGAAUCUCUUAUUGGAGAUGAAAAUAAUAAAAAGCUGGUCGAUAUCUUCAUAUGGAAA